AGAAAUUGAUCCACAUUAAAGCAAGCUGCUGGGUGAUAAUUUCAAUCGGAGCAUUUAAUUAGACGAAUCCAAUCACUAUGAGUUCGUCCAAACAUCAGUCAGGUCUCAAGGGGAGCAGAAUUGACAGGAGCAACGAGAAGGUUUUCAUUCAUAAAGUAUUCUCUCAAGUGGCAGUCAACAAUCCAAAUCAUACGGCAAUUAUCUACGAAGAUGAGCGUGGCGAAGAAACAAGGUUGACUUUCAGUCAGCUCGAAGCGAGGACCAAUCAGCUGUCACGAGUCCUAGCGAAACGCUGUCGUCGAUCCUCGAUCAACGGCGUUGAUGCAAUCGUGGCGAUUUCGAUGCGGCCUACGGACCGACUUCCGACCCUCUUGCUGGCUACCUUGAAGGCCGGGAUGGCCUACCUUCCCCUGGAUCCAGAGUUUCCGGUUCCCAGGGUUAGGCACAUUCUCACCGAGGCUGAGCCCCUCAUCGUGGUCACCGAAGAAGGAGCCGACAUGACAAUAUACGAGGGCACACCUGCCAUCACGUACGAGAAGCUUCUGGAAGAAGCCAGCAACGAGUCGACACAGAACAUGGAUUUGGACGCGUGUCAAGACCUGGCGAUCGUUUUAUACACUUCGGGAAGCACGGGGGUGCCGAAAGGCGUUAAACUGCUCCACGAGACUCUGAUGAAUUCGCUUCGCUGGCAGUGGAAUGUGGUGCCUUAUUCGCCGACAGAGGAAAGAUGCGUUUUCAAAGCAACUGUGACUUCCGUCGACAGUGUGCCCGAAAUCUGGGGCCCUUUGCUUCAGGGCAGGAGCAUCGUCGUUGUUCCAAAGCACAUCACAAGGGACCCUCAGAGGCUCGUUCAACUUUUGGAGAAAUACAAGAUCGAACGGCUGGCACAAGUCCCGUCAUUGUUAAGGACUAUCCUGAUGUAUCUGGACAUGCAGCAGGACAAGCAUCUCCUUAAAAACUUGAAACUCUGGAUUUGUGCUGGCGAAGUCUUACCUCUUCCAGUGGCCGAACAAUUCUUGGCCACAUUCCCAUCAGGCGAACACACGUUGGCCAAUUUAUGGGGUUGCACUGAGCUUGCGGGCGAUGUCACAUAUCAUUUGAUCAAUCACCCGAAACAGCUCGAGGGUCUGGACAAAGUACCGAUUGGUAAGCCGGCAGAGAACUGCAUUCUAUAUGUUGUGGAUAAGAAGCUGCAACUCGUGCCGCCAGGAGAAUCAGGCGAGGUGGUUUGCGCAGGGAAAUACUUGGCGGCCGGUUACGUCAAAGGAAGAGAUCCGCAUCGUUUCGUGGAAAAUCCACAUUCUUCGGAUCCAGAAUAUUCGAGGAUUUAUCGUACCGGUGACUACGCGAGGAUUGUGAAAGGCAUAUUAAUUUACGAAGGCAGAAUGGACAACCAAAUUAAGGUCCGAGGACAUCGGGUCGACAUCGCAGAAGUGGAAAAAGCUGUCCUGGCAUCUCCUGCCGUCGACAAAACGGUCGUCCUCUGUUUCAAACCCGGUGAACUUUCGCAGGCUCUCGUUUCGUACGUGACGGUUAAAAACAACACCCGUGUUUCCGGAUCAGAGAUUGAAUCUCAUCUCCGCACCAUCUUACCUCCCCACAUGAUACCGCAUGUCAUAGUGAUCGAUUCCAUUCCGUUAUUGGAAAACGGAAAGGCUGACAGACAGAGGCUUUUGAAGCGAUACGAAUUGAUGAGCAGCGAAAAGGAUAUCGCCGUCGAUUGCGACUACGAAAAUGUCCCGCCGCCUCUUCUUCCUUUAGCCCGCGUCCUUUUUCCCACGGUAGCAUCGGUGAUCGGAAGUAGCGCCCGAGCCGCGGUGACGAUCGACGCGAACUUUUACGAUCUGGGGGGAAACUCUUUGAAUUCGGUCUACACCGUCACCAGACUUCUUGACCAAGGCUACCGCAUCGGAAUAACUGACUUCAUACGCGCGAAGAACAUGGGAGAGAUACUGCGGAGGAUGAGGAUCGACUCGGAGUCAGACUUCGAUGAGCCUCCGUCCGAAGAUGGAGAACGUUACGUCCUCGAGGAGCUUAAUGACUCACAUAGAAAAGACGUUAUCGAGAUGAUCACGGACAGUUUUUACCUGAAAGCUGACCUGGAUAAGUGGUUGAUGCCUGACAUUAACCGAGAAGAUUACUCGGAACUGAUCGACAAGCUUUGGGAUCCUCUGGUGGAGCAAGGAUUGAGUUUCGUAGUGAAAUCGACGUCAGGCGAGGCGCUAAGCGUCGCGUUGAAUUUGGACGCGAGAGACGAGCCUGAGGUGACGAUAAAUUCGAAGCUGAUGGUAACACUUGAGUUUUUGGAAUACCUUGAGAGGCCGAUUCUGGAAGAACAACUCCCGAAGGGAAAGGGACAAAUUUUCCACUCCUUCAUGAUGGGAACCAACAGCAGACUCACUUCGGCUGAAAAUGUUGCUCUCGUCAGGGUGAUGGAGGAACAUGUGUUUCGAGUCGCCAGGCAGAAGGGCUUUGACGGCGUGUUUGCAACAAACACCAGCCCUCUUACACAGCAACUGGUGACUGGUAUCUACAACUGCGACGUCUUGAUGGACUACCAGGUCAACAAGUACGUCGCGUCUGACGGUUCGACGCCGUUCGGAGAGGCGCCCGACAAUCAAAGAGUAUUAUGCUCCUGGAAAAGCGUGUAGAAAUUUCUCACCGGCGGCUCUGUGAAUUAUUUCUAGCUCCUUACAUGCAACGCAGUGGGUCCGUUUAUUAACAGUAAACACAUGCAUGUGAUCGUGACUACGAAUUCAAUCCGACAACGAUAUUAUUAAAGAGAUAAAACGGAUCGAAAGACGCAG